CCCAACCCCCCCGGCACCAUGUCGGGGCCCCCCCCGGCCGGGGGGGCCGAGCCGGGGCUUUACCACGAGCGGCAGCGCCUGGAGCUCUGCGCCGUGCACGCCCUCAACAACGUCCUGCAGCGCCCCUGCUUCACCCAGGAGGCUGCCGACGACAUCUGCAAGAGGUUGGCACCCGACGCCCGUCUCAACCCCCACCGCAGCGUUUUGGGGACGGGCAACUACGACGUCAACGUGAUCAUGGCCGCGCUGCAGAGCCUGGGGCUGGCGGCCGUCUGGUGGGACAAGCGCCGGUCGCUGGAGCGCCUGGUGCUGGGACAAAUUGUGGGCUUCAUCCUCAACGUCCCCUCCCACGUCUCGCUGGGCUUCGUGGCCUUGCCCCUGCGCCGCAAGCACUGGCUGGCUGUCCGGCAGCUGGGCGGCACCUACUACAACCUGGACUCCAAGCUCCGCGCGCCCGCCCGCAUCGGCGGCGAGGCCGAGCUCAGGGCUUUCCUCCGGGAUUUCCUCGCCCAAGGGCUCUGCGAGGUUUUCCUCGUCGUCCCCCGGGCCGUGGAGGAGGCCGGUGCCUGGCUCAGCCCCGAGUGACUCGUCGCAGGGACAAGGACGACGGAUGGCACCGGUUCCCGUUGCUUCGGGAUGAAACGGCUCCGUUUUGGGACUUUCCUCAGCUUUUUACCCACCCGGUGCAAAGCUGGAUGGGUUGAGGGGAC